GGAGGGCCCGCCUGGCCGCGCACAUGACGGCACGGUGGGAGGGCGGCCCCGGCGGGCGGCUCGGCCGCGCCACCGCCCAGCGGGCGGCAGAGGCGGCCCCAGCGGCGGCGGCAGGGCCGGGGCAGCGGGAGCAGCCGGGGCAGCGGGGGCGCGGCCGGAGCGGGGCAGCGCGGUGCUGAAGGGACAGCGCCCGCCGCGCCCCGCCCCGCCCGGGCAGCCGGCGGGGACCACGGCGCGGAGCCGCGGGAGCGGGGCGGGGGUCCCCGGCUCCCAGCCCCCGCCCGGAGCGGCGGGCGCGGGGGCUCCGUCCUGCCCCCGCGGGAGCGGCGCCCCGGGCCCCGCGCAGCGCCCGCCGCCGCCCGCCCGCCGCGCCGAUGCCGGGCGUGGGGGCGAUCGGGGCGCGGUGCAGGCACCGGCCGCGCAGGAGCCCCAGAAAAAGCCCCAAGGCGGAGCCGGGCCAGGCCGGGGCCGCCAUGGACGCGGCGAUCUGGAUCUACCAGUUCCGGCUGAUCGUGCUGGGCGACUCCACCGUGGGCAAGUCCUGCCUCUUGCACCGCUUCACCGAGGGCCGCUUCCCGGGGCCGCUUCACUCCGACCCCACCGUGGGGGUGGACUUCUUCUCCCGGCUGGUGGAGAUAGAGCCCGGCAAGAGGGUCAAGCUGCAGCUCUGGGACACGGCGGGGCAGGAGCGGUUCAGAUCAAUAACACGCUCUUAUUAUCGCAAUUCUGUGGGUGGCCUGCUAGUGUUUGACAUCACAAAUCGACGAUCUUUUGAACAUGUGAAGGACUGGCUGGAAGAAGCAAAAAUGCACGUGCAGCCCUUUCAGAUUGUGUUCCUAUUAGUAGGACACAAAUGUGACCUAGUGUCACAGCGCGAGGUUACAAGAGAAGAAGCUGAAAAGCUGUCAUCUGACUGUGGUAUGAAAUACAUAGAAACUUCAGCAAAAGAUGCCACAAAUGUCGAAGAGUCCUUUACAAUCCUCACACGAGACAUCUAUGAACUUGUAAGAAAUGGAGAAAUCUCAAUACAAGAUGGAUGGGAAGGCGUCAAGAGCGGCUUUGUUCCAAAUGUUGUACAUUCAUCAGAAGAAGCUGUAAAGCCCAGGAGACAGUGCAACUGCUGAGGCUGUAGCAUGCCAAAGAGCCCAUGGGGUGUUUAGAAGAUGAUGCCAAUCUAAAUGACAGAAAAAUCAUUUUGAAACAAUAUUAGAUCAUGACAUAGCUGAAUCAUAGAACGGUAAUUUGGUUUUGUAUCCUUCUGUCUGGGUUAUAAUCCAUAACACUUUAAGUGCUUUUUUUCUUUACAGAGUACAAUAACUGUGUGUGGUCUUCAGGAAAAGAAAUUAUUUAUUGAGAAAGGGAAAACUAAUUCUGUAGCAAGACACUGAGAAAGUGCAAUAAUCAUCAUGACAGCGUCCUCGCUCGGGCUUUGUAUUUUGAGUACUGUUUAAAAUCAAGUCUUGUUAGUUGAGGAUCAGAUGAGCUCAUUACUUUUGUUCAUCCUGCCUUAGCUUUAGACAAGAAAACAUUAUACCUUAUACUUUUUAAUGUGAUUCUUUAUGUAAGUGCAGGGUUGCUAAUGACCAUUAAAUUUUAGAAUGCUGUAGAAUUUGAUAACAAAGAUAACUGUAAUGAAAGCAAACUGAGAGAUUGCUCCAAUAGCGAACACUUUUGAUAUGACAAUGAAUACAAGCCUUACUAAAGAAAAAGAACGUUUUAGAAAAGAUUAUUUAUUUGUAUAAAAAGUAGGGAAUAGAAACAAUGGAAUUUAUUAUUAAAUAUUUUCUGAAUUGCCAACAUCACAUAGGAUCCAGCUGUUAUGUGACUUGUAUACAAAACAGCCUCCCAGCCACUGGAGUUACCUUUCAGGGCCAGAUCCCCAGCUGGGUAAUUAUCAUUGUCACACUGAUGCCUAUGGAAUUAUGUUAAUUUACACAAACAAAUUCCAUAUUAGCUUUAAAAAAAUAAACCUACUUCAAACCAGAAGUAAAGAAGUUUAAAAGUGCUGCAACCCAUGGGAACCCAGGCCUUAUAUUUGAAUAGGGUAAGGACAGUUUUAUUCUUAGCCAGCAAAUGUUAAACUGUUGUUUAAAAAUUGAAGCUUUUAAACUAAAACCAUUACAAAUAGAGCAUUUGGAGAGGAAAGGAUUUCUGAAGUAAUGCUUAUCUACAGAGAGCAAAGUUAGAGAACUCCUAUUCUAAGAAAGAAACCCAUAAUAAUUUUAGUAACAACAAUAGGAGAAAUCUGUGAUCAUGUAGCAUUUUACUGAGCUUGGAGUCAUCUUCCUACUCCUCUGAAUAUAACACACACUAGCUUUAUGCAAACUAGGUCUAGCAUGUAAAUACCAAAUAAAUCUAUUUCUAUUUUACUGUACCAGUAUAAAAGACGACUUGAUCUCCAGAGUUAAUAAGCAGCUACAAUUUAUCUGGCAUAUUCAUAACCACCAAACAUCAAGCCAGUUAUCUUCAUAUAGAAGUGUGUUAUCCUGUACAAUCCUCCUUUAUCAAGAUCAGGCAACAAGUCUAUCUAAUCUAAUUUUCUUCUUCAAGAAGCAUAUGAUUAGUUUUCUCUCAGGUUACCUUUACGUUCUUUUACAAUUGUUUUUCAAAUAAUUUGUUGUAUGGGUACAGGUUGUCUGGUUUCAGUUACUUUAUACAAUUAGGUCAACUGAAAUCAUUGACUUCAAAGGGAAUUAAAAGUUUAAGUUUGUCUAAAGCAUGAGCCUUACUUGCACUGAGGGAUAGUUACAGUAUCAUGGAACGAUACAGAGGCCUUAAUAUAAACAGGAAUCAGCCUUAAUUCAUUAGCACAUAGAACAAUUAAUUCUAGUCUCAGCAUGCCACAAUUGCUGUGAGCCUGAUUCUCUAUUAAACUACAUGUAUUGACACCAAAUCAACUUUGUUUGGAGGGUAUUUUAAGCCCUCUUCACAAAGUAAACAUGACUACAGAUGCCAAAAGGUAGUGAAGAAUCAGGCUGUGUGCAUUUGACACUGAUUCCCUUGUGAUAUGAGGCUUAUGUUGUGCAUCUCAGAAGAGCUCUUUGUUGUUUAAUCACCUUCUAUAUCUCAAAUAUAGGGCUGAUUGUUCUUCCUCAAAUUCACAAAGACUGCUGAGACCAAAUCAGUGUAUAUGAUCUUCAGUCCUGGACUCAGUCCUCUGUGUGCUACCUGGUUUUUCAUGUUUAGCACCAUGGGGAUGUGGAUACUGGUUUCUUAUGACAUACCCAAAUAACUACAACAACAAAAAAUUAAAACAGCCUUAUAAGUGCCAGGUAUUGCUGUGAAUUUACAUUUCAUUGCAUAUUUCUUUAUUUUUAGAUUAAAAUCUUGUAUCUUAAAUUUUUCUUCCUGAAUACUCUGGAGCAAAUGAGCUUUUCAUUCUGUAUGAAAAAAAAAAAGGUUGUAUUAGGGGGAAAAGGGCUGGGAGAAGAGGGGAGUGGAGGGGAGGUAUGCACAGAGAAAUAAACAAUCAUCAGAACAGAGCCUUAAUCUCUGUUGUCAAUGUCGUACCUGUGGUGUCACAUUUAUUACACUGGGAAUAGAGUUUUUAACCAGAUUCAACUGUGUAAGGAACUGGUAUUGGCAAUGCAAAUAGAAGUUCACUACAUUUUAAAGUACUGUGCACAUAGUUGUCUUAUUUGUAAUUCCUAAAAAUGUAGGUUAACAUGUACUUUCAAACAUUGUCUGUCUUUAUGAUAUAUUAAACCACUACUGUAUCUUCUCACUACACACUUGCAGUUGAUAGAAAUGUCUGAUAAAUUGAUAAUUUGUCAAAAUGUAUCAUUUUCCUUUCAGAAGUUUAGCAACAUGAUAUGUAAGUAACAGCUUGAAUAAGCUGUAGAGUGGGUUACAGUUCAGUGCAUGUAUAUUAUUUUUCCCCUCGAGGAAGUAUAAAUAUUGACAAUAGAAAAAAAUUCCAGAAAUUGCAGGAAUUACAUAAUCUUACUUGGUUGCCAAAUUAAAAAAAAUAAAAUAUUUAAUAAGAAAACACAAACUUUGCAAAUUAAGAUUUAAUUAAUCCCAGUUAUUAAAUAGAAAAUGUUGAAAAACCUUGGCAGAGGUUUUAUUUGGAUUCAUAGGCCUAGCAAAUGAAUGGAUAAAAGGUAUUGUUUUGGACUCCUAAAAUGAUUAAACUUUCAUUGCUUUUAUUUUAAGUCUGUUAACAAAGAGUAAAUAUCUUCCUCUACUCAUUAAAACACUUUACACAUUAAUUAAGAUAUUUUGGCUUGUUCAUAAUUGUAUCUGUCCCAUGUAAGAAGCAGAAACUGGCCUCAUACCUUAGGAAUCAACCAAGGAAAAGAUCUGGAGGUGGAAAAUGUUUGGUUUUUUUAAUUUAUGCCUUCAUUAUGGAAUAGACUCAGCGAUCUAACUUCAAACUGGCGACUGUCGUGUGCUCACAGAAAAUGAUGCAGGCUUGAGUGAGCCCCCAGGCACACUGUGCUGCCCUGUGCUGAGAUCCCUUCUGCUUCAGACAAACAGCUACUGGUGCCCAAGCUGUCUGUCUGAAAGCGAGGGUGAGCGGAUGCCCAUGAUCACAGAUAUUUCAGUCUCAGCUUUUCAGCUCCCUUAGGGAGGACAUGCUUCAUUGCCCUCUUUUUACAUAAUUAACAUCCAGGAUGAGUGCUUUUUCCCUCACUGAAGACCCCGGCACAACGGGAGCUCCUCAAAGUCUCCUUUGCUUUUUACACAGAGCUGGCACAGCGAUUUCAGCAGCCUUUAGUCAGUCUUGAAGAAAAGAAGGAAGGCUGAGGGUUUAUUCUCUGCAUGUGCAUGGAACCUUACCACAAACAUGGUGGGCUGUUUAAGAAAUCAUUAAAUACCAAAAAACAAUU